AUGGCGACAGAGAACAAGCGCCAUGCCUCCGCAAAGUCGCAGGGUCAAGACCACCAUGGCUUUGGGCCUUCGGGGACGGUGAGCCUCGAGAAGGCCCUCAGCUCAGCAAUUGGCGCCAGAAUCCGAGUAACUACUACGCAGCCGGCCUCAGUGACCAUCGAGGGAACGCUCUUCACCGCAUGUCCCAUCACAAAUAUCAUCGCCAUCAACACGUCCACCGGCUCCAGCACAUCGUCGGGCAACGCGGCAUCACCUGCCCUCGCUCUCUUGCAGCCAGGAGACUUCACCAUACUCCCCAUCACCCGCAUCCAGAGCUUCAACCUGCUCUCCCUCUCGUCAGACUCGCCCUCGUCCUCCCACAGCAAUGGGGCCUUCUCCUCUGCACAGCCAGCCAUCUACCCGCUUGAUAUUCGUGCCCUACGCAACCGCGAGGCCGCUGCCAUCGCCCGCCUGAAGGACCAUGAGUCCUCGAGGGGUAAGGGGGUCUCAAAAGAGGCCCAGGACCUGUUCGAUGCCUUUAAGCGGACAAUGCCGACUCACUGGAGCGGAACGAGCAUCGUCGUGGCUGACUCGGUGGUCAUUGCUGCUCCGUAUGGCGUGGGUGACUGCAAGACACUCAACCUGGCCGGCAGAGACGACGUCGCCGGCACCGCUUUAACCCGACUUGAAAUGGAACGAAAGAAGAUUGAGCUCCGUCGCGCCAGCACCGCGAUGGCAAAGUCGGGAAACUUCCCCAAGAGCAAUAACAACACUGAUGGACCCGUGAAGAAGGUCUCUACGGCCGGACCAGGCACACCGUCUGCCGCCAGCACCGCCGCAGCUACACCGCGAGACCCACGGGCUGCCGUUGCAGUCCCUAUACGCAGCAACACCCCGUCCGGCAGCUCGCCCUCGCAGAGAAAGGGCGGAUGA